UUACAACUUAAAUAAUUUAGAAAAAAAUCGCAGAAAGCACAUUUUGAGUUUUUAAUAAAGCAGAAACUGAAUAAAAAAUAUUAAAUCGAAAAAAGAUACGUUCAAAUAUUUUUAAAAUACUUCCAAAUACCAAAAGCCAUAGCAUAACAUAAGAAAUUUUGCAAAAUUUAAAAGCAAAAGCAAAAAAUGCUCGCCAAGCAUUUGCUGAAAGUCAGUAAGGCGCUGCGUGGCGCGACGCUACGCAACGCCAGCAAGGCGCCAAGUACACCCUUCGCCGGCGGAGGCUUACGCAGCACCAUGAAUGACUUGCCGCAGCCGGAGGGCGAUUGGCAGGAGCAUUACAACCGUAGAAAUCUGAAGAAUACGGCUGUGCUUUCCGUUGGCAUUAUCACGUUGAUUUCAUCAAUAUAUAUGCAUUUCACGGAUGAGGCCAUUAACUGGAACUACACGGUGCCUGUGUAUGAUAGAUGUCUUUGAAGUGGUUUGAAGUGUGUAAAUGUCUUAAUUAUUAAAUGAUAAAUCAGUGAUUUU